AUGACUUCAGAAUUAAUUUUAAGCUUACGUUUAGAUCCUGAAACAUUUACCACCAUCAAGCUAAACGAUGUCAAUUUUAAAAAUAAGGUUAAGGAUCUGAAAUGUGAGAUAGCUGAAAAGGUUAACCUAUCGAAGGAAUCGUUUGAAUUGAUUUAUUGUGGGUGUAUCCUUGAAGAUGAUGAAACUUUAGAAUCAUGUGGUUUAAAAGGUGGUGUAAUGAUAUAUGUUUUAAAGAAAAGGGAAAGAGAGAUAUCGUCGCUAUCUAAAUAUAUAUCAGAAGAUAGCAUUUUGCAACUUGUAUCUGCAUUUAAGUCUAUUACAGAUAAUCCUGUGCUUCACACUACUUUGCAACGUUUCGGCAAGAGGCCAGAAAUUAUAAGCAACAUCAUUUCAUCUUUUCCUGGAUUACAUGAAGAUAUGACAGCAAUUGCUAUUUUACAAAAUUGUGAUCUAAUGGCACAUUUUACAGAUGUAGAUACUGUCAGAAGGUUUGCAGAGGCACAUCCAGUCCUGGUAGAAGCUGCUCAUAAUAUAGCUGUUGCUGUUCACGAAGAGGCACACAAUGCAAAUGUCAGCACCAACAAUUCAGUAUCCAAUUCACAACCUGCUACUUCUUCCCUUAGUUUAGAUAACUUGAGCGAUGAUGAAGAAAUGGCUGGGGAUUCUUCUCAGUCUUCUGACUCUAUACCCUUGCCACCAAGUUUACCAACCGAUACAAUGCGCGAUAGAGUCAUUGCUAUAUUCGAAGAAACGAUUGCCCGCUUACAAGCUAGAAUUUCCGAUCCUUCUUCUUCUUCUACCUCGGGUGAGAGUACGAAUUCUGGAGUAGUAACUACAGAAAUGUUCAGGCAAGCUAUGCAAGAAGCUUCGGCGGCAACGCCAGGUUUAAUCAGUGAUUCUGUGCCACCAAUUUUACCGCAUGUUUUACCAGAAAUUAUGGACUUGCGAAGACAGUUAGCGCAAAUGCACGAAAUGGGACUGCAAGAUGAUACAUUGAAUAUUCAGGCGUUGCAGUUUACGAACGGCGAUGUCCAGGCAGCAAUCGAGCAUGUGUUCAGUGGUUUCAGUAAUAAUUAA